AUGCGAGCCCCCAACGACAACAAGUUUGAUCCCAACACGGACAUCUCCGACCUCUCGGGCCGGGUGUACGUGAUCACGGGCGGCAGCGCGGGCAUCGGCUACGGCAUCUCGGCACACCUCCUCCAACACAAUGCGGCCAGGAUCUACCUGCUCGGCAACAAGGAGCAGCACCUCGACGAGGCCCAGCAAGGGCUCAGGCAGUACGGCGACGCCUCCCGCGUCGUGGAGCUCGUGCAGUGCGACCUCGCCUCGCUGCGGCAGACCAGCCUCGUCGCGGCCCAGCUCGCGGCCAAGCUCGACCGGCUCGACGCGCUCAUCCUCAACGCGGGCAUCGGCGUCGGGCCCUACGCAGAGUCCCCGGAGGACGGCCUGGACACGCACAUGCAGGUCAAUGUCAUCUCGCAACACCACCUCGCCAUGACGCUGCUCCCCGUGCUCGCCAAGACAAAGGGGAGCCGGCUGUGCCUGCAGUCCUCCGAGAUGCACCGCAUCGGCACGAGCGGCGUGCGCUUCCUCAGCCUCGAGGAGAUCAACCACGACAUUGGGCCCUCCAGCCUCUACGGGCGCAGCAAGCUCGCCCAGAUCCUGCUCAUGCGGGCAAUGUACCGACAAGAAGGACAAGAACAAGAGCAACAAGAAAUAAAGGCGCCCGUCCUCAUCGCGACACACCCCGGCGGCGUCGUCACCGACCAGCAGGACCAGGCCGUCGAGGCGUACGGCCUGCUCGGCAAGAUUGGCGUCGCCGCCGCCCGGCCCUUUAUGAAGGACCCCGUCGACCAAGGGUGCCGCCCGAUGCUCUUCGCCGCGACGGCCGACGACGUGGCCACCCUCGCCGACGACAUCUACGACGGCAGCUACAUCGUGCCCGACUGCAAGGUCGCCGACGUCAGCACCCAGGCGCAGGACGAGAAGCUGCAGGAGCGGUGCUGGACGCUCGUGCAGGGAAUACUCAGGGACCGCCUGGGGACGUUGGUAGAGAGAGAGAAGGCCAAAUGA